CAGGAGCUUAUGAGCAGCAAAAAUCAACAGUAAAGAGAGGUGUCAAAGAAACCUGACAGUAAAUGUUGACUGCUAAAAUUGUAUCUAAUCCAGCAGAAGUAAAUGAAGCAAAAUCAGGAGACGUCUCAAAAUUUUGAUCCCUGUCAACCAUCACUUAUCAAACAGGCAAGUACUAUGUGAAACUUACACAUUAUUAACCCUUACUUGUUUUAUUUUAAUUAAUGUACAUUAUACAACAGAUAUGACCAUACAGCUUUUGUACACAAGUAUAGUUUUGACAUCAAACCAUUUAUUGAUUUGUAUGUCUUUUAUUCGUUUCAAAAUAAAAUCAGACAUAGAUCCUUACAGUCUUUCAUUAAUUACUAUCAUUCAUGCUUCAGAUUCAUAUUAACUGUAGAGAUGGGUUAUUAAUUAACAUAUUUUAUUGACAAGCAGUACAUUUUUAUUUCUGUAUGGUUUCUGUUUUCAUUUGUACUGUACAGGUUUCCCACAGCCAAUGAAACCUAAAUAUAUGUCAGUAAAUUGUUGUCUUGAAAAAGACAGUAUAAAAGAAAUCUUAUAAAGUCAUAGAUGUUUCUAUAAACAAGACACAUUUUUUUUUCGUUAUCCUUAGCUCUAGAAUAUUUAAUUUGCAAGUAUAAUUUCUGUAAAAUAUAUUUAAAAACAUUUAAAAUCAUAAAUGAUCGGAAAUGUCAUCGAGAAAUCAUAGAAAAGUCUUGUAAAUUCAUUGGUCAGUGUGUGGGAACAUUGACUUUAGUCAUUUGUAAUAUAUAGUGCUUGACUGUGAUGGUAUUUCAUUUUUAUUUCAUGAUCACAUGUAACUUCAGUCACUGUUUUAUCUCUUGCAUGUGCACGGAUGCAUGUCCGGUUGUGUUUGUGCCAAUGUUUUAUAUACUGCUGCAUGUCUGAAAGUGAAGUUACAAUGUUGCUGUGUGGAAAAUAAUCCAAUCAGAGUGUGGGAAAGCGUAAUCCGGUCUAAUCCCAGCACAGCCAUGAAGAACAGAGAUCAUUCAGGCAGUGAGAGUGUCCAGACACAGACACACCAGCACACACAAACACAUCCUCUCCUUCAGAAAAAACAUUCACAGUUACACAGUAUUUCCUCAACUGUGGAUCUGCAACAAAUGACAAUAAAGGUUUAACUAGAGUGCCACAGCAUAGAAAAGUGUUAAUACAGAAUGAAAUGCACAAGCCACACGUUGACAGCGUAGACGAGAUCAGUUGUUUUUACUCUCACAUGUCCAGACAGGUGCACAGGUCACCUGUUACUUUUAAGUGGUUGUUUUUGAGGAUGUCUUGCAUUGAUCUUGCAUUUAUCGAUUUGACCAAUGUUUUUUUUUUCAGUAUUAAUCAUUAUCUACAUACAGCUUUGUGGAAAUUUAUUUAUUACCUCUGCAAUCCAACAGCUGCCACCUGGCUGUUUCUACGGCAACUGACCAGACCACCUUCAGCAAGCACACCUGAGAGAAGGAGGGAGAGAGGGGAAGACAAGAUACCACAGACUCUGUUAGGAUGGGCUACGAUCUAGAACGUUUUGUAGGCUAUGUGAACGAGGGUCUGCUGUGCUGUGUGUGUCGGGACGUGUUAGAAGAUCCUUUGCAGGCUCUGUGUGAACAUGCCUUCUGCAGCUCCUGCAUUCAUGGAUGGCUCGUCCACCAUAACACCUGUCCAGAGGACCGCUUGCCUUUAGACAUCACACAUCUACGCCCACUGUUCAGAUACAUGAGAAAUGAUUUAGCAAGGCUGCAGGUGAGGUGUGUGUUCCGGCCACAAGGUUGUGAGGUCACAUGCGCUCUGGAGUCUGUUCAUCGGCAUGAGCAACAGUGUGAUUACGCUUUGCUGAACUGCAGUAAUGCAGGCUGCCCGGUUCAGGUGUCGCGGCGCUCUCUGGAAGCUCAUCUGUGUGUGUGUGAAUACAGCAGUAGAGUCUGUGCAAGCGGCUGUGGAUACACAAUCCUAAACACAGAGGAGGCCCAACACAACUGUGUAUCGGAUCUACGAGCCGAGCUGGACAUGCUCAGGGCAGAAUUAGACUGCAAAGUCGAAGAGGUGCGACGUGAAAUGGAAUCUCGCUUGGAUUCCCAAAGAAGACACAUGGUGCAGAAGGAGAGUCUGCUGAGGUGUGAAGUGGACGAACUGAAGAGCCAGCUGUCCAGAGUCAUGUCAGAUGUCCGCGUUCUGCUGGCUGCAGAGAGAGCGCGCAGACAAGAGCUGGAGAGGACGGAGCUGGAGAAGGCAGAGCUUCUUGAACUUUUAAAAAAGGAGGGGCUCAGACCGGCCACGCCCUCUGGAGCAGCACCGCCCCCUGCUGAGGUGCAGAGAAAGCUGAGCCCAAGAAGCCUAGCUUUGGACUGCAUCAAAAGAAAGAAUAGAGAGGUGACAGUCAUCCGAGGACACUGCUUUUCACGGCAGAACAGUAAGGAAGACGGAAUGUCACAUCAUAUGAUGCUAAUAGAAAACCACUGACUGGAACUCAUCAUCUGAAUGAAGCCCCAUUAUUGCAGUUCCUCGGGGUGAACCGAAUGAUUGAUAUGAGAUUGGCUAUGUUCGAUGAUUUAUCCAAAUUGUGUAGUAAAAAUACUUUUUUUGACCAAUUUUGUAUGUUUCUAGACUUUUAGAGGC